CUUUUCAUUUUUACUCUACUGUUGCUAAGUUCAGUCGUGGCAUUCCCUCCUUUUGGCAACUACAACUUAUAUAAACAACUAGAGAAAACAGGUGUCAAUAAAAGGGAAAAAUGGAGUCAAGAUUCAUAUCAGACAGAAGGAGUCGUUUUAAAGGUAAAGGCGUUUUUAAGGCUGAUGAACUUCGUCGUCAACGAGAAGAACAACAAGUUGAAAUUCGUAAACAAAAGCGGGAAGAGAGCUUGAACAAGCGGAGAAACUUGAAUUCUGUACUUCAAAAUGAUACAUCUGAAAAAAUGGAAAGCGAGCCUAUGCGAAGCUAUAUGGAAGGACAGAUGGAUGAUGAAUUCCCAAAGCUUACUGCAGAUGUUAUGUCUAAUAAUAUAGAGCUCCAACUAAGUGCUGUCACAAAAUUCCGUAAGUUUUUGUCAAAAGAAACCAAUCCUCCAAUUGAUCGUGUUAUUGGAUGCGGCGUGAUAGAUCGUUUCGUCCAAUUCUUGGAAAGCGAGCACAAUCUACUUCAAUUUGAGGCUGCUUGGGCCUUGACGAAUAUUGCUAGUGGCACCACUGAUCAGACACGUGUGGUUGUCAACUCCGGAGCCGUUCCUCGAUUCGUUCACUUACUUUCCUCACCUGAGAAAGAUGUCCGUGAACAAGUUGUAUGGGCCCUUGGUAAUAUUGCUGGUGAUUCCUCUGCUUGCCGUGACUAUGUCCUUAGUUGUGGCGCUUUAGAGCCCUUGCUUUAUAUUAUUGAAACGAGCGCUUCAGAUUUGUCUAUGCUUCGUAACGCUACUUGGACGCUCUCAAACUUGUGUCGUGGUAAAAAUCCUCCUCCUAACUGGUCAACCAUCUCAGUUGGAUUGCCCACUCUUGCAAAGCUUCUGUAUUCUGAUGAUGUCGAGGUUGUUGUCGAUGCGUGCUGGGCUAUCUCAUAUCUCUCCGACGGUCCCAAUGAAAAGAUUGGUGCCAUCAUCGAUGCUGGAUGUGCUCCUCGUCUUGUCGAUUUGUUGAAUUCUUCUAGUCCUAAUAUUCAGACACCUGCUCUUCGUUCUGUCGGUAACAUCGUCACUGGUACUGACGCCCAAACGCAAAUCAUAAUUGAAUGUGGUGCCUUGAAUGCUUUUCCUAAUCUUUUGUGCCAUCAUAAGGAGAAUAUUCGUAAAGAAACAUGCUGGACCAUUAGUAACAUUACUGCUGGCAAUAUACAACAAAUUCAAGCCGUGAUUGAGUCAAAUCUUAUCCAACCAUUGGUACAUCUUUUGAAAAAUGCAGAUUAUAAAACUAAAAAAGAAGCUUGCUGGGCCAUUUCCAAUGCUACAUCAGGUGGUCUUGGCCAGCCUGAUCAAAUUCGUUACCUUGUGAAGCAGGGUGUGAUUAAACCAUUGUGUGAUAUGCUCGAAGGUUCGGAUAACAAAAUUGUUCAAGUUGCUCUUGAUGCCAUCGAAAAUAUCCUUAAAGUGGGUGAAAUGGACCGCACUAUGGACGUUCAAAACAUUAACUUAUAUGCAGUCUAUAUUGAAGAGGCUGGUGGUAUGGAUAAAAUCUACGAAUUGCAAACCUCCGGUAAUAACGACAUUUAUUUGAAGGCAUACAACAUCAUUGAAAAAUACUUUAGUGAUGAAGAUGGCGUGGAGGAUUUGGUUCCUGAGACAAACGGUAAUACAUUCAGUUUCAGUGGUGGACCGGCAGCUAAUGAAGAAUUCCAUUUUGAUUCCCAGGACAUGGCCAUGUAAAACAAAAAGUGGUCGUUUCUUUUUAUAUGUUUAAGUACAAAGAAGGUGAUGUUGGGAGUGUAUAAUGUUAAUACUCGAAAAGACACGGGUAAAUGGGAUGAUGUCUCAGAUUGUCAAAAAAGGAUUAAUCUGUCCUUUGUUGUUCUCAAUGGCGAGUUUAUGGGUGCAAUAGUUCAGAUAGAUUCAGGUUAUAACGUGAGGUUGAUUAAUUAAUAUUUCAUUUGUGUUCCUUUUUAAAUGCUAUUAAAUAUUAAAAAAAAAUUACAGGUGAGACUACAAAUAGG